AUGGAAGCAUCACAAAACGAAGAAAGGCAAGUAAUAUGGUUAAAUCUGGAUCAGAUGGCAGUGGAUAUUAAGAGCUCGCUUAAAAAACCCAAUAAAAAACACGAGAUGAGUUAUACCGGCACUGUGAUUGCUAAAUUUUAUAACAGUCUUCUUGGGGCGCUGGUUGUUAACGGUAACGAAACAGAAACAGAAAACAAUACAGUUUAUAGGGUAGAAGGUCCAAUCAAGCAGCUAUUUGGUAAAAUUUUACUUAGAAAUAACCAAGAAGCGCUAAAAAAAGUGGAAAAAGUACUAGCCAAUAUUGAUACCCCUAAAAUAACUAAAGAUACAAUCAAAAAAGAGGCAGACCAACUGUGGAUAAAUUGGAAGAGUAAAGUGUGCGCGGCUAUAGGCGAAGCACUUGAAAAUGAGGUUAAAGAGCUAAACAGUGUUAUAAAUAUUGGGCUUCCAGAUAGAAAUACACUUGAAGAGGAGGCCAAAUAUAUAAAGAGCAUUGAGAAUUGCGCAAGAAUUAUAUCGUAUAAUAGCGGUCCAGGCCAGACAGACAUUAUGAAAAUAUUUAGGCAGGAGGAUUUGCGAAAUAUAUUUCCAGAGCUAGACACAAAAAAUGAGGGCAAGGCUAUAGAUGCUGCCCAAAAGAAAGAAGCUUUAGAGGCGCUAAGAGAAAAGGUCAGCAAACAAGGCUUUUUUAUGGCGAUUUUAAACCAUGAAAUACUUUCAGAGGUAUUAUACAACACUUUGGGAAAGAACUACAGUGGAGAGCAUAGCUCUAGUAGACGGGAUAAGGUAAUUGCGUACAUGAAGAGCAUAAAUACUAUUAUAAACAGCUCAGAAACAGAUGAAUCAAUAGAAAACUACGUUAACACAAACUUUGUGCGCCAUAAGCACGGAAGUUACAUUAGCAGAAUAAGUGCGGCCAUUUCGACACCAUUUGAGUUUUUGAGUGAGAACAUGUAUGGCACAGAAAGCACAACUGGUGUUACAGGCGGCAGCUCAAAAAAAUCAAAAUAUCUAAGAAUUGCUAUUGGUAUUUUGUUUCUAAUAUGGAUUAACUUUGUUUGGAUAGGUAUAUUUAAAAUAUAUUUUAAACAGACAGAAAUCCACAGAAUGCGAGUUUAG